AUGCACCACGGCGUGUGUUGCACGAGCCACGCAGCACGCUUCCGUCGCAACGGAACGGCAAACCAGCAGCGUUUUUCCAUUUCAGCGCGGGCCUUGCCGAAGCACAAAGAAGACGCUUGGCUCUCACUCCUCUCCGUAAAUGCGAUUCUUGAUGCACAACCGGCCUCUCAUUCUCCUGACGGUGAUUUAGCGGCGAACGAAUCUUGUGCGUCGACGGCGAUGUGUUUCGCUUUUCACCCGUCUUCACCUGCAGCUUGCGUUGUUGAGGAAGCCGCCUCCAAGCCCACAACGAGCGGCGCUUCGGUGCGACUGAUUAUGCACGUUCGGCUUUCAAAAUUUGCCUUGUCGGCAACGCCACGUUUUCUGAAAGAGCGGAUGCCGAGCUUGCCACUCUUCCGGUAA